AUGUGUUCGGCGCUGGCCCCGAAGCCGGUGUCGAAGCGUGCCCGCCGCGACUCGGACUCCGAGGAUUCGGAUCCUGAGAAGCCGCCGGAGCACGCGCCUCUGCUGGACAGCGGCAAGAAGCGCGACCCCAUCGACCUGCGCGCUGCCAUCGAGAACGACGCUGCGGAGUGCGAGAGGAAGGGCCUCUCGAGCUGGAAGCUGUCGCACGCGGGCUCCUCGUCGCUGCCCGCGCGGCACCUGUGCGUCAUCUGCGGGUUCUUCGGCAGCUACAAGUGCAUGGAGUGCGCGUCCAAGCGCAUCGCGGAGCUGCGCACGUACGUCUGCGGCCCCCGGUGCCUCGAGGUCCACAAGGACCAGAGCUGCGGGCGCCCGCUUAACCUAACCCACUGGUGA